AUGGUGCUAACUUCAAUCUCCAUAAUCUCUUCUUCACCUUCACUGCCUUCAAACUCGGAUUCACCUUCCACUUCCACUCCCACCCGAACAAGACCCUUCCGCUCCUCUUUCAAACAACAGCGUCUUGUUUGGUUCCCAAGAAGAAAACCCUUUUCAUCAUUCUCUUCCACCUUCCCAGUCUCUUCCUCCGCCUCUGCUUCAAGCCAAGUCCUCCACGAAGAUGGGUCACCGGAACAGUUCCUAAACAACAAUUCCAUCGCGGAUUUCAUGAGGUUCAAGCGUGGUGUUGAUGGUGGCAGUGGUGAGCUUCAAACAGCUGUUGUCAGCUACAGAAAGAAGUUCCCUUGGAACCUUUUGCGCCCUUUCCUUCAGGUUGAUUUGGUUUCCACAAUUCACAUCGCUGAUGAAGAGUAUUUUCUGGCCCUCCAGAAGGAACUUGAAUCAUAUGAUUGUGUCCUCUAUGAAAUGGUGACUAGCAGGGAAGCUUUAGAGAACAGAAGAAACCCUACUGCUUCAAAAAGGUUAAGAAGUUCGCGCAGGGGUUUUAACAUUUUGGGAUGCAUCCAACGCCAAAUGGCUCGAAUCCUUACGCUUGAUUUCCAAUUAGACUGCCUCAAUUACCAGGCUGCCAAUUGGUACCAUGCAGAUCUUGAUUAUGAGACCUUCAAAUUACUUCAGUUAGAAAAAGGUGAAAGCUUAUUUUCUUUUGCAAGAGACAUGACCCUCAAAUCUACAAAGGCAAUAUUGCAGCCUUCUAUCCCGGAAGAUCUUGACCCAUUGAGAUCCAAGCUUUUAUGGGCUUCACGUGUACUUCCGAUGCCACUUGUUGGCCUUCUCAUCAUUGGAGGCGUUUGUGCUGAUGUAGGAAGUCAAGCAUCAGAUUAUCCCGAAAUCGAGGCAUUGUCAAGGCUUGACUUUGGUGCUGCAAUGAAGGUCUUCCUUGCAAAGAGACUAACAUCUGAGUUCACACAGGUGACAGCAGAUGUGGAGGAGAAAUCAGUCAUAAUUGGUGAGCGAAACAAGGUCGCAGUAGAUACCCUUAGAGCAGCAAUGGAUGAGGGACACAAUAGGAUCGCAAUUCUUUAUGGAGGCGGCCACAUGCCGGAUCUAGGGAGGAGACUAAGGGAAGAGUUUGAUUUAGUGCCAUCUAGUGUGCAAUGGAUAACAGCAUGGUCCAUAAGGAAAAGGGACCUAAACACUAGUUCAUUUCCAUUUCUGAAGGCAAUGGCAGAAGCCUCAGGCUGGCCGUUGAACCGUUAUCAGACGUUGGCAUUGCUCAUCUUUUCAUCAGUGUUAGCAUUGGAUCUGUGGUUUUGGGAGCUAUUCUUUGGCACUGCAGUGAAUUGGGUUGCUGAAACUGGCUCUGAAAUACUGAGGUACAUUGAUAGUUCACAGCUCAUAUGAUAUAUCGUUGGACUAAAAAAUGUUCAUAUUAAUAACUCAUUUGAAUGAAGAAAUGUUUCCUUCAGCAGUGUAAAUAUGAUAAAGCUUUGUUGUCAACAUAUGAUUCAAUUGUUUUGUAUUCAAUGAACUUCGGCCGCAUGACUUAAAUUAAUUAAAAGAACACCAAAUUCAUGUAGUGUGAAUUUUGUGUUUCAGAUAUUC